GUAAAAUGAUCAUAAUAACAGUCUAUAAGCAAAUAAAAGUGUUUCCUUUGAUUAUUUAUUUAUUUUGAAAAGGACAGCCAGCAAUCUUCUUGUUAUGUGAUUAAGCAGAUUUCGCCUGCUCUGACCAUCCACACCCUUCUUACCCUUUUCUUUCGUUCUCUCUCACGCAGACAAGCCAUAGCCCACACCCCUCUUUUCUACUUUCAACAGAUCAUCUCUUUCAAACUUUUCGAAACUCCCAAUUUUUCAUAAAAUCUCCAUCUUGUUCUUUCCGAGCUUUGUAUAAUCAUUCUGUGAUCUUCACUCUCUCUUUCUUUGACACUACGACUUCCCGACCGUCCGAUGGCUGAAGGCAAGUUCGAUCUGCCUGACGAUCUCCUCUCAUCUGAUUGCCCGUGGACCUCCAAAGCAGUGGAAGGUUCGGGAGGAAAUGAGGAAAAAGUUGAUGAAUCGAAAGAUCAACUGGCAACAGAGAAUAGCAUACCUUUGUCUCCGCAAUGGCUCUAUGCUAAACCCACUGAGACAAAGAUGGAUACACGUGUUCCAAAUUCUGUGUCUACUGGAAACAGCAGUGAUCCCAAUCAGAAGGAGGGCUGGCGCUUGGAUGGAUCUGAGGAGAAAAAAGAUUGGAGGAGGACUCUGACUGAGAGUGAAAGUAGUCGCCGCUGGCGUGAAGAGGAAAGAGAAACAGGCUUACUCAGCAGUAGGAGAGACCGCAGGAAAGGGGAGCGCCAUGUUGACACUCCUUCAACAAGGGAGACAACCGAAAGUAGAUCUUUGUCAUCCUUUGAUAGGUGGCAUGAUGGUAACAUCCGCAAUCCUGGGCAUGAAUCUCGCCGUGAUAGCAAAUGGUCGUCUAGGUGGGGUCCUGAAGACAAAGAGAAGGAAUCCCACUCUGAGAAGAGGACGGAUGCUGAAAAAGGGAAGGAAGAUACUCACAAUGACAAUCAGUCAUUUGUUAGUAGCAAUCGUUCAGUUGCCGAGCGUGAAACAGAUUCUCGUGAUAAAUGGAGACCGCGCCAUAGAAUGGAGGUACAUUCAAGUGGUUUAACUUCCUCUCGUGCGGCACCUGGAUUUGGAGCCGAGAAAGGAAGGGUGGACUGUCAUAACCUUGGUUUUACCGUUGGACGGGGAAGGUCAACUGGAAUUGGAAGGUCUUCAUGUGCAAGUCCCAUUGGUGCCGUUCACUCAUUUAAAAGUGAAAGUGUCCCUGGGAAACCAAACCCUUCAGCUGAUACUUUUUGCUAUCCUAGAGGGAAGCUGCUUGACAUUUAUCGCAUGCAAAAGCUUGGUCAAUCCUUUGCUGCCAUGCCUGAUGGGAUGGAAGAAUCACCUCCUUUAAUUCUAGUGGACGAUAUUGAACCAUUGGCUUUUGUUGCACCUGAUACUGAAGAGGAGACUAUCCUUAAUGAUAUAUGGAAGGGUAAGGUUACUAGCAGUGUAGUGCACAAUUCAUGUAGACAGGGGAAAUCAAAUGAAAAUGUCUCAGAAGUUGGAGACUUAGAAUCCUCUGAGGAGAAACAGGCUAUCCUCAGUCAAAUUCUUACUGGAGCAACUGUUGAUAGCUUACAAGAAGCUGCAUGUGCUGAUGCAUAUCGAGCUCAUAUGGUAGUUGCAGGAAAAGAAGUCAGUCAUGAAGAAGAGGAUAAAAUUGCUUCCAGCUCUCUCCCUUCAAAUUCAGAUGAAAUUAUACCAACAUUACCUAAAACUAAUGGCAUUUGCAGUGCAAUAGAGAUUGGUUCUUCUCACCAUAAUAUUAGUGAAAAUUGGCAGAUGGAUUUUGCAUCUUCUAGCCAUCCUCGAUUUGAUGGCAAUGAGCCAACCCCUUCUUUUGACGUUAAAUUGAAGCUUCCCAGUGAUUCAAGCACUCUAUUUCAUGUGGCAUUUGAGCAAAAUCAGAGUCGUGAUGGGCAAGUAAUGGAGAGUAACAGUGAGGCAAAGAGUUUGGGAAGGCGAACUUCUGAGGAGUUUACUUUGUUUUACAUUGAUCCUCAGGGGAAUACCCAGGGUCCGUUCCUUGGGGCUGACAUCAUAAUGUGGUUUGAACAAGGUUUCUUUGGGCUUGACUUGCCAGUAUGUCUGGGAGAUUCUCCUGAAGGAACACCUUUUCAAGCAUUGGGUGAUAUCUUGCCACAGCUGAAAGCCAAAAAUGGACAUGCCAGCAUUGUUAAUUUGAAUUCUUGGCCAGAGGAAUCUGGGGCUUUGGGAGGAAAUUUGGAGGCUAGUUUACCUGCUUCUGCUCCAGUCAGCAACAUUCCAGAUUCAUCCAAUGAAAAUGACCUGUGCCACCCAGUGUCUGAGUUCAACAACCUCUCAUAUCUGCAUGUUCAUUCAAGAAUUUCUGAGCCUGAGGGUCGACUGCAACUGCCACAUUCUAAGGGUCAAAAUUUUGAUGAUUUUGUUGCAAAAGAUGAAGAAAUUGUAUUCCCAGGAAGAUCUGGAAAUUCUAGCUAUCCUGUUGUGAAACCUGUUCAUUUUCAGGAUCCUUUGGCAAAUUCUGGGAGCAACUUGUCUCUUCCAAAUGAGUUGACUGAAACUAUACCAAAUCAAAAUGAUAAGUUGCAUCGGUUUGGCUUAUUGUGGUCUGAGCUUGAAGGUGCUCAAUCAAGGAACAAUCAAUCUUCCAAUUUUCCUAUUGGCAUUGGGAGGGCUGCCCCAUUUGGUCCUGUGGCUGAUGCAGCUGUUGCUGGAGAGCCCUGGUCUGAUGUUUAUAUAAAAAGUGUACUUCCUGACCACAACUUGUUCCAAGAUGCUUUGGCUGCCCAGCACAUGUUGCAUGUGGAACAAGAAUCAAACCAUUUUGAUUUAGCAGAGCAACUUAUGUCUCAACAAGUUCAGAAACAGCAGUUCCAACAGCUAAAUAUGUUGUCUCCUCAUGGACGCCUUAAUGAAUCAGUUCUGGAACAUUUGCCAAGUCAGAAUCAGAAUUUGAUCCAUCAGCGACAAUUGUCCAACCAUUCGACCCCAGAUAUGGAACACCUUUUGGCUCUAGAGAUGCAACAGCAACGGCAGCUUCAACUCCAGCAGUAUCAAUUGCAGCAGCAACAGUUUCAACGGCAGCAAAAGCUUUUACAGGAGCGACAGCAGUCUCAAGUUCGACAAGUUCUUCUUGAGCAACUGUUGCAUGGUCAAGUGCCUGACCCUGGCCUUGCCCAGUCACAUUUUGAUCCUAUCAGAUCUCGAAGUGUACUUGAUCAGGUUUUAUUGGAACAGCAGCUUAGACAUGAGCUUCAACAACAGUCCCAUCAUCAUCCAAGACAUGUUCCUUUGAUAGAGCAGCUCGUUCAACCAAAAUUUGGUCAAGCACCACAAGAAGAGCUUCAAAGAGACCUAUUUGAAUUAAUUUCGCCGGCACAGCAUGGACAGCUGCAGUCUUUGGAGUGUCAGCUUCUUCAACAAGAGCAGCUGCAAAGGCAGCUCUCAAUGGGACUGAGACUGCAUAAUGGAGAAAGUGAUGUAGACUCCACAUGGCCGGCUGAUCAGAGCAAUCAGCUUCUCAGGAACCAUGCUGGUAUUAACCGAGUUCAUUCUUCAAGCUUUAGCCCAUUAGACUUUUAUCACCAACAGCAAAGGCCUAUUGAUGAGGAGCAGCCAAAUAAUGUAGAGCGCAAUCUUUCAUUGAAGGAGCAGCUUCAUCAACGGCUUUUUGAGCCUUCAUCAUUGCAAUUCGAGCAAUCAAUGUCUUUGCCUGCUGUUGCUUCUGGGAUUAAUAUGGAUGUACUAAAUGCUAUGGUUCGUGCUAAAGGUUUAAAUAUACAGGAGCCAAGCACGCAUAUACAAUCUGCUAGUCAAGCUAUAACAUUUUCUUCUGGCAUCCACCCUCAUAAUCCUCAACACUCUUCAGUCCCCAAUCAGGGUCAUGUCUCCCAAUUAGAUGCAAAUGAGGGCCCCUGGUCUGGGAGCAAUGCCCAGCUGGAAGAUGACUGGAUGGAACCUGGAAUCCAGAAAUUGCAUAUUAAUUCUGAAAGGCAGAAAAGGGAUUCAGAAGUCAAAAUGACUUCUGAGAAUCCAGGCUUAUGGAUGUCUGAUGGCCUUAAUGAUGACAAGUCCAGGCAAUUGUUAAUGGAAUUGCUACAUAAGAAAUCUGUCCAUCAGCCUGAGUCAUUAGAUAGGGCCUCAUCUGGCAUCUAUACGGGAUCGAGUUCUUUGGAUCACCCAUUUAGUGUUCUAGCAGAGCAAGAGGCAGGUCUAAACAAGUCAUUUAUUGUAGGCUCUUAUGGUUCAAGUUCAUCUGAGCUGUCUCAUAUUUCUUUAGCUGAUAAGCAGGGUGGCAGUUUAGAAAGCAGUGAAAGGCUGCCAUUUAGGGCUGAAUCUGCAGCAUUUUCUGAGGGACAGCCAUUCUUGUCACGCAUCAGUGAGAAUGCUCAGGUGAUUUACGGAGGUGCUAAUGUGACUGAUUUGUUAACUCCAACCAAAGAGUCACCAGAUGUGGAGUGGAGAAACUAUGGAUCUAAAAGCGAUAUGGUGACAAUAGGGUCAAUGUUUGAGGGUCAAGACAGCAUGGGCAAGCCAGGAGGGUUUACUUCUGCAGACCAAGGGGAGAUUCCUUUUAAUGCUCUUAGUAGGCAUCCUUCAAUCAGUGUUUCUGGUGGAAAUACUGGCUUUUACGAUGACCAUAUUGGAUCGUGCAAUUCAUUUCCAGAUGAUGUGGCCAAAGAUUGUGUGCGAGUCCCUGCCAAAGCCCAAGACAAUAUGUUGCUGAGGCAUACAUCUGUCUCUCAUACUUCAUUAUCUCAGGAAGGAUUGUCUGAUAUUGUCUUCAAUCCAGCUGGCACGGGAAAAUUUUCUUUAGGCAGCAAUGAGGGAGGAAAGCCAGAUCCUGGGGGAAAUCUAGCUAACCAGUUGGACGUUGGGGCAUCGGCCAAGAAAGGGAUGCUCUUCCGGCGUACCUCAUCAUAUGGGGAUGGUGACGUCUCUGAGGCAUCAUUUAUUGACAUGUUGAAAAGUAAUGCAAAGAAGAAUGCUAUGCCGGAGGUCUAUGGAACAGCGGGCCCAGAGUCUUCCGAUGGGACCCAAGGGGGUAGGGGUGCCAAAAAGAAAGGAAAGAAAGGGCGGCAGAUUGAUCCUGCACUUCUUGGUUUUAAAGUCACAAGCAAUCGCAUUAUGAUGGGUGAAAUACAACAUGUAGAUGAUUAGAUCGUUUCUUCUGUAAUUUCUGGACGACAUCUUUCCCUGGUAAGCUGUAUAGGUUUAAGGCUCUUGGCGAAAGCGUCUUGCUGAUAAAAAUUCCUUUAUUAUUAUUAUUAUUAUUUAUUUUUUUUUUGGUUUCUUUUGCCCACCCCUUGGUGAAAAUGAGAAUACAGGUGCCCGGUUUAGAAAUCCAAUGGUAGGACAAGUACAGUGAGUCAAUGACAAAGGUUUAGAUUUGUAUAGACUAACAAAGGUUACAAAGGAAAGCUCGUAUAUUUUGAAGCUGUAUCCAAU